CGCCCAAAGCAGCGCUCCCCCCCUCCCCUCUCCCUCUCUCUCUGCCUCCAGAUUUCUACUCUACUGAUUUCGAACUCUUCCUUUCAUCAGGGAAAUCAACGGCUCCAAUUGAAUCUUGACCUCCUUGAAUGCACCACAUAGGAAUCUGUUGAAACCUUCUGCUUUGAGUUCGGCUUAGUUUUCUUAGAGUUCAGAUUAUGGCUUCUCGGAACCAGAACAGACCUCCUCGAAGCCCUUCAGCUAAGGAUGGUGUUGGCGGUGGAGGAGGUGGUGGUGGUGUCCCAUUAGACAAGCGUAGGAGGAUUGGUGCAGGAAGAAUUGGGGGACCAACCAGUACUGACCGCAAGCCGUUUGGGUCAGUUAACAAAAGGCAGGAUGUUACUGCAUCUGGUGAUGUAGGCAGCACUGAGGGUUCGGAGAGUGAGAACAUCGAGUUCACAAAAGAAGAAGUUGAAGCAUUGGUGAAUGAGAAGCCCAAAAUGAAGAAGUUUGAUCACAAGGGCAACUUGGAACUAGUGAAUGAGCUUAAUAACAGGCUCAAGCUUUGCAUCAAAUGGUUCCAGAAAAGAGAUGAAGCCCACGUUGAUGAGCAGGGGAAGCUUCGAAAUGCUUUGCAGUCUUCCGAGAAAAGAUGUGCUGAUUCGGAGGUUGAGAUGAAAAACAAGGAAGAGAACUUUAAUGAAGUUAUUUCCCAAUUAAGGAAGGAUAAUACUUCUUUACAGGAGAAACUCACAAAAGAAGAAUCAGAAAAAUUGGAUGCAAUUGAUUGUCAUACAAGAGAAAAAGAAGCUCGGAUUGCUGUAGAAACUUUGCAGGCUUCUCUCUCAAAAGAGCUUGAAAAAGCUCAGCAAGAUAUAUUGGCAGCUAAUCAGAGGGCUACAUCACUUGAUGAUAUGUAUAAGCGAUUGCAAGAGUACAACCUAAGUCUACAGCAGUACAAUAGCAAACUGCAUGCUGAACUUGAAACUGCUCGCGAGUCUCUCAAACGAGUGGAAAAAGAGAAAGCAACUAUAGUGGAGAACCUUAGUACUUUAAGGGGUCACUACAGUUCAUUACAAGAUCAAUUAACUUUAUCCAGAGCUUCCCAAGAUGAGGCUAUGAAUCAGAAAGAAUCAUUAGUUAAUGAAGUCAAAUGCCUUCGAGGGGAACUGCAGCAAGUCAGAGAUGAUCGUGAUCGCCAAACAGCACAGGUGCAAGCUUUAACAGCUGAAGUUUUGAAGUAUAAAGAAAGCACAGGCAAAUCUUUUGCCGAGAUAGAUAAUUUGAUGGCAAAAACAAAAUCCUUGGAGGAGACAUGUUCUACUCAAAGAGAGCGUAUACAUUUAUUAGAGCACCAGUUAACUGCUGCUAAUGAGAAGUUAAAGAUGGCUGAUCUAUCAACAGAAGAAGCAAGGACAGAAUUUGAAGAACAAAGAAGAACUACACGAGACCUGCAAGAGCGCCUUAUGGAAGCAGAACAUCAAUUAAUCGAAGGAGAAAAAUUAAGGAAAAAGCUGCAUAACACUAUCUUGGAAUUAAAGGGGAAUAUUCGAGUGUUCUGUAGAGUGCGACCUUCGUUACCAGAUGAUAGUGUUGGAACAGAAGCGCCUGUUAUUUCUUAUCCUACGUCAGUAGAAACUCUUGGUCGGGGAAUUGACUUGAUACAAAGUGGGCAGAAAUAUCCUUUCACAUUUGACAAGGUGUUUAGUCAUGAUGCUUCUCAGCAAGAUGUUUUUGUAGAAAUAUCUCAACUGAUACAGAGUGCGCUUGAUGGUUACAAGGUAUGCAUUUUUGCUUACGGUCAAACUGGUUCUGGAAAAACUUAUACAAUGAUGGGUAAGACAGAGGCUCCAGAUCAAAAAGGGCUGAUACCUCGAUCUCUAGAACAAAUAUUUCAAGCUAGCCAGUCCCUUUUAGCACAGGGUUGGAAGUACAAAAUGCAGGCUUCAAUGUUGGAGAUAUACAACGAAAACAUUCGUGAUUUAUUGACAAAUAGAUCAAGUGCUACAGAAAAUACUGGGAAGCAGUAUACUAUAAAACAUGAUGCAAAUGGCAACACACAAGUCACUGACCUCACCAUUGUUGAUGUUUGUAGUAUCCAGGAGAUUUCCUCUCUUCUACGGCAAGCUGCCCAAAGCAGAUCUGUAGGAAAGACACAAAUGAAUGAGCAGUCAUCAAGAAGCCAUUUUGUGUUCACAUUAAGAAUAUCUGGGGUGAAUGAGAACACUGAACAACAAGUACAAGGUGUAUUAAACCUCAUUGACCUUGCUGGAAGCGAGCGACUCUCAAGGAGCGGGGCAACUGGGGAUAGGUUGAAGGAAACUCAGGCCAUCAAUAAAAGUUUGUCAUGUUUAAGUGACGUAAUAUUUGCCCUUGCAAAGAAGGAAGAUCAUGUUCCUUUCAGGAAUUCAAAAUUGACAUAUCUUCUCCAGCCUUGUCUAGGUGGGGAUUCAAAAACCUUGAUGUUUGUCAAUAUUUCACCAGAGCCCACUUCAGUUGGUGAAUCACUGUGUUCUCUUCGAUUUGCUGCUAGAGUUAAUGCUUGUGAAAUUGGAAUUCCUCGACGUCAGACAACUGUACGACCUGUUGAUUCACGCUUGAGCUAUGGCUGACUCUGAUUUAUUUUGUCGUGCAUCUUGACAUAAAUAAUUUGUUUCAGAGUAACUGAUAUCUAUAAGAAGGGUCGUUAUGCCUCGAGUUUGUAUGAUGAACACUUGUUUGUAGAUGUAUUAUCUGAACAACUAAUUUGUAUUCUUGGAAUGCUUAGUUUAGGAUCAUGUUUUUCGCUCCACAUGGGACGAGAGUUCACAUUGUUGGCUUAGCAACGUGACCCCUGAAUGUUAAAAAUACCAAAAAGAGCUGUGCUGUUCUAUUAGCUUGACUUCAUAAUCUGUGGGUGUAAUUUCACAUCGGCAAUUGAUUUAUAUAUGAGAUUUGGAAGCAAAAAGUAUUGGAAGUGCUUUGAUUAA